AUGCGUCUUAUGGAAGAAAACUUGAGGGACCACCAGAGAGCUCAGGAUGAGGCAAUAACAAAAACUCAGCUGCUAGAACAGACUGUGAAGGGUUUGGAGUAUGAACUGGAAGUCAAAAACCACUUAAAAGAUGACCGGGCAAGACAAAUCAAACUAAUGGAGGACAAGUUAUCUCACCUGGAACUUGAGCUUGAUGAAGAAAAGACUAAUUCGGAUUUGUUGUCUGAGAGGAUCAAUAGAUGCAGAGAACAGAUUGAACAAAUGAGGACAGAGCUGCUUCAGGAAAGAGCUAUAAAGCAAGAUUUGGAGUGUGACAAAAUUUCAUUGGAAAGACAGAACAAAGACUUGAAGAGCCGAAUCCUUCACCUGGAGGGUUCUUACCGAUCCAGUAAAGAGGGACUUGUUGCUCAAAUGGAAGCGAGAAUUGCAGAGCUAGAAGAACGGCUUGAAAAUGAAGAGAGGGAGAGAGCUAAUUUCCAACUAAGUAACCGCAGACUUGAGAGAAAAGUGAAGGAGUUAAUGUUGCAAGUAGAUGAUGAACAUCUCUCACUGACUGAUCAAAAGGACCAGUUGAGUUUGCGUUUGAAAGCAAUGAAACGUCAAGUUGAAGAAGCUGAAGAAGAAAUAGACAGGCUGGAAAGUGCUAAAAAGAAACUACAGAGAGAACUGGAAGAGCAACUAGACAUGAAUGAACAAUUACAAGGACAGCUUAACACUGCAAAGAAGGAACUAAGUAGACUGAAGAAGUCACCAAGUAAAAUGUUGGCUGAUUCUGAUGAUGAUGACGAUGAUUUCAGCACGGAUGGUGAUAGUCUCUGUGAAGUGCCUUCAGGAAAUAACUUUUCAAAAGAUGAUGACACAAGAAUCUAAAUAAGUAUUGAAUCUGUGAUUCCUUGAAAGUACUGGAAGAAUAAUAUAAAUUAUCAAGAAACUGGAUAUUCUAGAAGCCAAAUGACAUAAAGGGAUUUAAGAGCUGGGAAUAUAAUGUCUCCACUCAUACUGUUCUUAUUUUGAUCUCCCCUGUUUAUUAUAGAAACCAGAAUUACAUUAUAAAACAGCUGUAAAACACAGAUAUAUAUAUACAAAACUGCUACUGAAAACAAGGGGAUAAUGUUUCACAUUGGAAAUGUGAUUUUGCUAAAGUUCUGUUUAAGUAAAAAGCCAUUCGAAAGUAAUUCAAAAUUAGUUUGUAGUUAUUAAAAGCUUUUCUCUUAAAUUUAGGAAACCACAGAAGAUUAUUUAAUAAUUGUAAGUAGGGGGAAAUGAUUUAUAAGAUGUAAAUAUUUUAAACCUGAUCUUUUUAUUGACUACUUCGGUCCUAUUUU